AUGUCGGCUCCACCACCUGCCGCCGGUGUCGAGGACUCUGCCGAUCGAAAUGUUGAAAUGUGGAAGAUCAAGCGACUUAUCAAAAGUUUGGAACUUGCUCGAGGAAAUGGUACUUCCAUGAUUUCGCUGAUUAUCCCUCCUCGUGACCAGAUUGCGCGAGUUCAAAAAAUGCUUGCUGAUGAGUAUGGAACUGCUUCUAACAUCAAGUCGCGAGUGAAUCGUUUGUCCGUGCUUGGUGCUAUCACCUCCGUACAGGGACGAUUGAAGCUAUAUAGCAAAGUUCCUCCAAAUGGUCUUGUUGUAUAUUGUGGCACUAUUGUUACUGAUGAAGGAAAAGAAAAGAAAGUCAACAUCGACUUUGAACCCUUUAAACCCAUCAAUACAUCUCUGUAUCUCUGUGACAAUAAAUUUCACACGGAAGCGCUCCAAGAAGAACAAGUGGUGAAAACCAGCAGCAGCGAUGUAAAUUCCUUCUACUUCUCGAAAGUUCUAGAUUCGAACAUUACCUACAACUGCAUUGGGAUUACUAGGAUACGAAGUUGA